GGGGAGGCCGAUCGUCGGUGUGCGCAGCGUGCGGCUCGCCCGAGGGGCCUGAGCGGAGCAAGGGGCCGCAGUCUAGGACGGAAGACGCACCCCUGCCUUCACCCCAAGGACGGCUGUCCGCGGCUGCUGGGGGGCGGCCCGCUGGGUGGGGUCGGGGCCUGCAGCCCCACUGUUGCCACCGCCAUGGCCUCGAAGCAGCUCUUCCGCGCGCUCGUGUCAGCGCAGUGGGUGGCCGAGGCACUCCGGGCCCCACCGGCCGCGCAGCCCCUGCGGCUGCUCGAUGCCUCUUGGUACCUGGCCAAGCUGGGCCGCGACGCGCGCCGCGAGUUCGAGGAGCGCCACAUCCCGGGCGCCGCCUUCUUUGACAUCGACCAGUGCAGCGACCGCACGUCGCCCUAUGACCACAUGCUGCCCAGCGCGGCGCAGUUCUCAGAGUACGUGGGCCGCCUGGGCGUGGGCACCGCCACCCACGUGGUGGUCUACGACGCCAGCGAUCAGGGCCUCUACGCGGCGCCGCGCGUCUGGUGGAUGUUCCGCGUCUUCGGCCACCGCACCGUAUCUCUGCUCAACGGUGGCCUCCGCAACUGGCUGCGCCAGGGCCUCCCGCUGAGCUCGGGCAAGAGCUGUCCGGAGCCCGCAGAGUUCCACGCGGUGCUGGACCCGGCCUACAUCAAGACGUACGAGGACAUCAAGGAGAACAUUGAAUCCCGGCGCUUCCAGGUGGUGGAUGCCCGCGCCGCCGGCCGCUUCCGGGGCACGGAGCCCGAGCCCCGAGACGGCAUCGAGCCCGGCCACAUCCCCGGCACUAUCAACAUCCCCUUCACGGACUUCCUGACCGAGGACGGCCUGGAGAAGAGCCCCGAGGAGAUCCGCCGCCUCUUCCAGGACAAGAAGGUGGACCUGUCCCUGCCCCUGGUGGCCACGUGCGGCUCCGGCGUCACAGCCUGCCAUGUGGCCCUGGGGGCCUACCUCUGCGGCAAGCCAGAUGUACCCAUCUACGACGGCUCCUGGAUGGAGUGGUACAUGCGUGCCCAACCCGAGAACGUCAUCUCCGAGGGCCGGGGGAAGACCCACUGAGGCGUGGCGGGACACAGGAAGCUUGGGCGACACCCAGCCACCAGCGGUACCCAGCCCGGUGGUUCUGACUCUGCUCUGACCAGGACAGUGUUUCUUCCUCCAACUCAGGUGGUACCUGGGGCAACAUCCCAGAGGCCAGGAACUCUGUGGACUUGUGGGCUCCCAGUGGAGGCAGCAGAGAAGGAGGCAGCGGGCACAGGGGGAGGGGAGCUGCCCUUGUGGUGCUAAACUGGAGCCCCACUUCCCUUCUGUUGAAGAAAUAAAACAGUCAAGUGCUAAA